UGGUUGCUACAUUCAACAAAUAUGGCGGACACUACGUCGAAUAAAUCUUCAAGCAAGAUAAACGAAGUUACAGUUUUUAACCAGGAUCAAGAUUACAAUUAUUAUGAGGUUGAAAAACAUUUACAAGAACGUGUACUUGCUGUUACAGCUGUGGAGAAAAAUGAUGAGAUGUUUAGGCCAUCACUGUCUGAUAACACCAAAAUUGGAUUCUUUAGUCUGGAUCGAUCAUCACAAACAGAAGUAUCAGAAAUGAUAGAUUUAAAGGAUAUGACAAAAGUUUUACAAACUUUAUUACAGGAUGCAUCAAAUCUUCGUAGAGACAUUAACUUUUCAAAACAUGUCAUUCAAGCAGAUCAUGAAUCAAAACUUCAAGAAAAGUCUCUAGAAUUAUAUUGCAGAAUAAAUGAAAAAGUAACUGAACUCGAGAAGAUGCAUCAAGAUAGAGUUAAUGCACUUCGCAAAGCUUUUCGGCAACAGCUGGCAGAUGCUAUAGCAAGAUUAUCACUUCAUUUCAGUAAAAAUCUUCAAACAAAAAUAAAUAAAGAGAAAUCAAAGCAGGAAAAUAGUCUAGCAAGCAAAGAAGAAAAAUUCAGAGAGAUGCAAGCUACAAUACUUCGCAAUGAAGGUAUAAUACAAAUGCUCAAGGCCCAAUUGCAGCAACAACAAAUGAAAGAUGAAGAUGAGGAUGAAAGAUUUUUAAACAGAGAAUUAUCUGAAGAGGCUUCUCCUCAACCAGAUUUGCAGGAUGAGAUCAAUGCAUUGCAGGAAGAACUAGAAGAAUCCAAGAAAAACCUGGAAAAGUCAGAAAAAAACAUUAGCAGACUUGAAGAAACUUUAGAAAUCAAAGAGAAAGAAAUAUUAAGACUUGAGAAAGAUUUAAGUACCCUAAAAGAACAGUUUGAGAGAAGCAGUAUUCUGAUUCAACAGAUGAAACAGGAACAAAUGGAGAUGGCUGAUGAAGCUGCAAGAGAAAAAGAGAAUUCUAAAAAACUGCUGGGAAACCAAAAGGAUGAAAUGAAACGAAUGAUGGAUGAACAAAUACGGCUUGCUAAAGAAGAAGCUUUGAAAAAAUUGAAUGAAGAAGCACAAAAAAUGACCGGGGAUCAGGCUAAGAUCAAACAGCUGCAAAUCCAAGUUGCAACAUUAGAGUCACAGCUGGCAAAGGAAAAAGAAAAGGUGACAAUAUUAACCAACAAUGCCUCAAAGUCAGAAACACAGAAAGAUUCAGAAAGCAAGUUGAGGGCAGAAAUUAUCAGGCUUCAGUCAGAACUAGAAAAAACACAUCAAAUGUGGGAAAAGAAGUUUGCAAUUUUACAACAAAGCAUGCAUGCUCUGAAAGAUGAGAGUUACUUAAGGCAAACCUUACAGAGGCAAGCUGCACAGUUGCACAAAGCUGCAGUUAGCUACUCUGUUGACAAGCCAUCUGGUGUAGCACCUAUAAAAGAAUAUCCAUCAAGCCCAAAAGCACCUUUGCCUGAAAUAGGGAGAAGAGGAAGUCGAGGGGGAAAUCAAGCACAGGACAGAGAUUACAUCUCAUACACAGUAUCAGCUCCUAGUGGCAGAGGAACAGACAUGUUUUCACCUGAUGAAAACCAGAUAAUGUUUGACAAUGAGAUAGAGAUGAUCCCCUCAGAUGUAAUGCUGUUGCCAGAACCACCACAAAAAAAUAGAAAAGAUUUCAAUGUAGAAAGUAGACCAUCCUCUCAAUCAAAGGCAAUGAAUAUAUCAACUAUUGCUGUUAAAUAGGCUAAUUAGCAAUAAACAGUUUCUUCCAGCCCCCCCCCCCCCCCCCAGGAAGUCUACCCCCCCUCCCAGAAAAUUUCUAGAGCCCCCCUGGAAAAAAAAGUCUGGAAGAAACACUGGCAAUAAAUGUGUAAAGUUUUAUUACACCUGUAUAAUUAUAUACUCUCAAACAGAUGUUUUAAAGAGAUAUGAGCCAGCUUAUUUGAGAACUUGGAAGAGUUUUAUGAAUGACGUUUUAAGAUCAAGUUUAAUUUUCUAUGCUCACUAAUAGUCUCUAUCUCCUUUAAAUCUGUAAAAACUCCAAAGAUGAAUGUUCCAAAUUUUAAUCAAUAAGUGCCAAAUCUGUAUAAAAAUGAACCCAAAAAAUAAUUAAAGGAAUAUUAAUUUAUGUGAAAAAUGUAUAUUUUAAUUUUGAUAAUAAACACAAAGCAAUAAUUCUAGAAGUAAUUUAUGUGAAAAAUGUAUUGCUAACAUUUGUUUUCAAACUGUGAUAUUUUAUUUGUGUUAUGUUCACAUGUACUUGCGGACUGAAAAUAAACUGAAUGAAAACAUU